CUUCCCGGUAAUGCCAGCUCUCUUCUACCGUCGGAUUACGAGCGAGGCACAACGCCAAAGGACGGUCACCGAGACAUAAAACGUCGAAUAAAGCCUAAUACUUCAGGUUCCAGCUGUCACCCCUGUACCCUCUCUGUAAACCUGCUUUGUACGUGAGUAGAGAAGACCUCCCUUUAACAAAAAAAAAAAUAUGGAUCAAUCUUCGCCAAACCAUCAGCAAAGAGGAGCUCCUCAGCGUGCCGUACCUGCGGGUGCCUUCAGGCAGGGUAAUGCUCCCACUGUGGAGAGAGGCAUCAUCAGUGGAGACAAUAUCCAGUUUAGGAGGCUGCGGCGUAGUACACGGUCAGAGAGCUCUGGUGCUGAGGAAGAGUGGCUGAGCUCCUCCAUGGAGGCAAACAAGUCCUAUGGCCAAAGCCCAAGUCACAAGGUUGACGGAGUCUGGUACAACCGUAGCUCCUAUGAGCAGGUGGAGGGCAACUACCAACGUCGCCUUGCCUCCAAUAACAACGGAUCACUGUCUUCCUCUCCACGGAGUCCAAACACCAGAGGCUCCUUGACCUUCCACUCUAGACGCGCCAACACUCAGUUGCAGGAUCACGGCCACCCUGUCACCACAGUGAAGGCCUCUGGUAUCCCUCACCGCCAGUCCAGUAGAGGCCGCAAUCGCACCUCAUCUGAGACCGAGCAGGGGAGAAAAGGCAGCAGGGGGCCUUUCCCGAGGAAGAGAGGCUUCUCUGAGACGGAAAACAGGCCCAGAAGGGACAAUACCAACAUGAGUGGACUGCAGUGCCUCGCCACAGAGAGCGUCUGGUUCGACAAACACCACUACGAUGAGGCGGAAAAGCGCUUCUACGAGGGAGUCAAUGGCCCCUCCACACCACAGCAGCAGGACAAAGAUUCUAAUGCCAUCCUGCAGGACAUUGCUAAUUCCCGAAAGACAAUCCAGCAGUCCCUUGACAGAGUGAAAACGGCCCUGCAUCAGGCCAAAGGGCGCCAGCAGAAGAGGCAGCACAGAAAUUCAUCCUCACAUGCAGGAGGAGACCAGGAGCUGGUUUCACGCAUGAAGAGCCUUGAGCUGGAGAACCAAACUCUGCACAAAGUGGUGGAGGGUAUGAGAGCAGCCCUGCUGAAGUUGGAGUCCAGAGUAGCUGUGCUGGAAAAAAACCCUGCGACAGCAGCUGUGCCCUGUGUUAAGGAGAGCAUCUGA